AUGGAGGCCGACCCGAAAGCCGGCGAAGCGGCGCCGACCGUGCACGACUUCCCUCUGUAUCUCGACCUCGGUAGUGGACUCACUGCCAAGCUCGAGGAACACGACUACGCCGUCCUCGUAGACCAUAGGCUAGAGUUCAACGCCCGUUGCUUGGGAUUCGGCAUCGACAUCGCACCGCUUCCAGGAGCACAUUGCAGCAUCGUUGUCAUCCUGUACCCCGGCGACCUGUUGAAGGGUGGGGGGGAGAAGAUCAGGACCUCGAUCCGGCACUUUGACCCGCAGACCGUGAAGCAGUGGCACCGCGACGAGGCGAUCCGCGUGCUGAAGUUUUUCCGGGUGGCGGUCCUGGCCGAGCUUGGGUGCGAUGGUAGGAAGUGGGAGUGGGCGAAGCCUUCCGAUGAAGAGGUGGAGGACAGGCUCGCCGACUGCGAUCAACCCGUUCGAGAUAAAGUGCCCGACGCCGUCCGGGACGGGGACGCGGGCUCCGGCCUGCUAGCAAUGAGCGCGUUGUGCUGGGUGGUGAGGAGGAUGGAUCUCCUGACCGGCGCCAUCCGUCGCAGUGAGACCAGCAUGGACAAGGUCAACGUUUCGGGGUUGAAGGGGCUGCGGAAUGGGAUGAUAACAUUCGUCAAGGAGCACGUCGCUCUCAAACGGUCGGGCCAUGUCGGAGUUGCUGCCGACGCCUGUGACGACGACGGCGAGGAGGCCCCUUUGGCAUCCACAGCAAUAGGUGUCGCCUACACCGUCGAUGAUGCGCGUGGGACUUCGAUCGGAGAGCCCGGAGGCGGCGUCGACAAGGAAGAUGAGGAGGCGGGAAGGGCGGUGACUGGGACCGCGGAGAAGAACCAGGAGGAUAACGAGGAUCAGGAAGAGGACCAUGAGGAUCGUGAGGAGGAGGAGGAGGAGGAGGAGGAGGAGGAGGAGGAGGAGGAGGAGGAGGAGGAGGAGGAGGAGGAGGAGGAGGACGACGACGACGACGACGAGGAGGAGGAGGAGGAGGCGGAGGAGGCGGAGAAGCAGCAAGAGGGGGAGCAGGAGGAAGAGGUCGAGUGGGAGUUGGAGGAAAUGGAGGUGGAGUACGUAGAGGGAGCGGCGGAAACGGCUGGGAGGUCGGCAGAUGUUGUGAACAAGGGAGGGGAGGAUGCCGACGAGGAGAAAGUCGGCGUGGAGGAGGCUCACGGGGGGGGUGAGAAGGUCGUGGUCGGCGAUGUGGAUGGCGACGCGAAGGAAGUUAUCGACCUCGAGGUCGUUGGAGAAGGGGAUAACGCCGCGGCCACGAAGCAGACGGGCGUGGAAGCGCCUACCGAGACCACCGCAGGGAAGGCCGGGGGGGAGCGGUCUAGGGUGAAGAAGGCGGCGCGCGGUCAUCCCGGUUCCUCCGCAUCUGGUCGGCAGGCACCGCUGGACGUCGUCGAGCAGCUGCGACAGGAGAACAGGCGAUUGACGGCAGAAAAUGCCCGUAUGGAGAAGGCGCUCGAAGAUGAAAGGGGUCGGGUGGACAGGUUUGUGUUGGGGAUGCGGGGACUCCUCGACAAGCUCCAGUCGUUGGCCGACCAGGUCGCCGUCUCCGACCAUAAUGCGGCGAAACGGCUGCUAGAUGCGACGUCGGCCGUGUCGACAACCAUCACGGACAACAUCACCAACCACAUGGACGAAUCGUGGAAGGCGAUGAAGUCCUUCGCCGAAAAGGCGUCGACGUGGUUGGCGGAAAUCGACGGUCCGGAGGGAAGUAUGGCAGUUGAACGCGCAAAAGCGGUCGCCACCUUGGGCAACCACGUGGAAGCGGUGGUGGACGAUGCAAAGCUGGGUUUGGAGGACUUCAUCUCGAAGCACCUAGCCGCCGCGCAGGCCAACAUUGCCGCCGCGGUAACUCGCACCAUCGCCGUGCCGCCGCCGCCCCCGCCGCAGCCCACGCCAGCCUUCCCGGACGAGCUCAUGAAGUCGUUCAAGGCGGACGUGUUGAAGGCGGUGACGGAGGCCACCCAGCAGUCGUUUGUUGCGUCCGGGUUAAAGCUCAUGACCGAGGUGAUCGGCAAUGUGGCGGCUGGUCGGCGUGCGUCGUCGCCAUCGGCCAAUGACGCCGAUCCCGCGCAACGAAGGGAGGCCGACAAGCAGGGCCGGAAAAGGGCGGGCGGCGGAGAUGAUGCAGGGAGCGUGAAGCGGAGCAAGGGAGCCGAUGGAGGCCGCGGCGUCGGCGCGGUGGGUCCAGGCGGCUCGCGGACUCGAGGUCAGAGCGUGGCCGACCAGCUCAAGAAGAACGGGGCCAAGGUGAUAAGGUCGCACAGCAAGGGCAAUGGAAUCGGGAGUGCAGAUGGGGGCCAUGCCGACGAGGUUGCCGCACAAGACGGCGGGAAAGGCUUGAGCGACAAGGAGAUCCCAACCGCUCAAACGGCGAUAGAUGGCGGCGCCAGAACCGUCAAGGGACCGUCUGUCGGGGUCGCGGGGACCACGUCGAUUCCCCGAAAACCCCAUGCGGCUAGCAGCGCGCCGGUCGGCCCGUCAGCCGCCAACAACGAUGGGCCGGCCCUUGUGGCUACUCCAGCUGCAGUGGGCCCGUCUGCCGCCAAGGGCGACGCGAAGGAUGCUGCGGCUAACCGCGACGGUCCGUCCGCCUCUAAGGUGCCCGCAGCGGCGAACGCGCUCAGGGAAAUGCUCCACCGCAUGGAGGCCCAUCGCAAGGACGUGCAGCAGCCUCCCUUGGUCGAUGCCGCCCCCGCCGAAGCAGCACGUCGCACGGUCACUCCGCAGACUCGGCCGGAAGCCGGCUCAAGCGCGACGCCGACGUCGGUAAACGAGGCGGCGGAGAAGGGCGUGAGGGCAGCGCUAGCCACCGGCGGCGGAGCCGUUGACCAUGCACAGGCAUCGAUAGGCCACAACGACGCCGACAUCGCUGCCAUCCAGAACCUGUUGGAAUCGGUAAAACGCCCCGGGCACCCCGCUGCUCUGGCCAUCUCGGACACGGCGCAUGUGGAGCCCUUGGCGAAUCCCCCCGCUGGUUCAGCGGAGCCAAAGACGACCACUGAUGCUGUCGGCGAUGGAGAGUCGAAACGGAAGGGGAAGGCCGACACAGUGAAAGGGAGGGCGAGCUCUCAGAGGAAAACACGGGCGAUGUCGGCCGAGACAGGGAGGGAUAAGGCGAAGGAGAAGUCGGUGGAGAAAGGGAAGGAGAAGGCGGAGGAGAAGGAGAAGGAGGAGAAGGAGAAGGAGAAGGAGAAGGAGAAGGCGGCGGAGAAGGAGAAGGAGAAGGCGGCGGAGAAGGAGAAGGAGAAGGCGGCGGAGAAGGAGAAGGAGAAGGAGAAGGAGAAGGAGAAGGAGAAGGAGGAGAAGGAGAAGGAGAAGGAGAAAGGACGGAAGGGUCAUGGCAUCCGCCACGACAACUCGGGCGACGGUCUUGGGUUCGAUGACAUUCUCGGCCAGUAUCGAGCGUACAAGAGCUCAGGCGAUGCGCACCACGACGCGCUCUUGCCGGCGAUCUGGUUCCCCGUCGAUGCCGUCACAAAGGAAGGCCAGGAGAAGUCGGAUGCUAUGAUGUCGGCCAUGAUAGGUCGCGUGUCCAUGUGCGCUGCGUAUGGGAAGGUCGCUGCGAGCGCGGCGAGGAAGGAGGGAGACACUGAUGAGAAGACGGCGAUGGCGGCACAGGCGUUAUCGGCCUCCGCUUGCGCCGUGUGGUGCUUAGUCGAGAACGACGACGCCCAGGUGGUCGAUGCUGUGGGCAAAGGGAAGGCGGCGGCGAUGGUGGUCGGUGCGAGCGAGAAGACCGCCGGUGUCUUCAAGGAGGUCAUGCAGGCGGUGCUGGAGGCCGAGAUCGACCGGGAGCAACCCCUGGGGGAGGUUGCGCACAACGUCGCGCCGGCGCUGCAGAGUCUCGCUCUGCACCGGGUCUACCCGGGGGUGGAUCAUGAAGUCGAAGCCGACGUGAUUGCUAGAGUGACAGUGGAGACAUUGGCGUUCUGGGGAAUGUGCCCCGUCGCCGGGCCGAAACUCGAAAAUAUCGGCAUCGCGGUGCCGUGUGACGCGCAGAUGGAGUACGACAUUGAACACAGGGGGAGGAAGGGGCAGAGAGGCAAGCAGGGCAAGGACAGCACGGGGAAGAAGGGGAAGAAGGGCAAGAAGGGCAAGGACAGCACGGCGGCGUAG